AUGUCCUCUCCAGAAAUCCCACUAGCUGUGAUAUUAUCUCUUUUAGACAAUCCAGAAGCUUCAACUUUAUCCUAUAUUUUGAAAUCAUUAUAUCAAUCAAAACAUACAAUUACCAAAGCAUCAAAAUCUGAAAUCAAUCAUCUUAUCGCUAAGACUACAAAUUUAUUGAAUUCUAAAAAUGGUUUGAAAAGAUGGUAUGGUUCCCAUGUUGUUCAAAUCUUAGCUAUGAAUCCAAUUAUUUUAACAAAUGGUGGUACUGGAUUCAUUGUUGCACUCUUGAAAAUUAUUAAUGAAAUCGGUGUCCCAGUAAUUAAUUUCACUAAUGCUGCAUUAGGUCUUGAUAAAUUAAUUCAAGGUAUUAGAGGUAAACCUGUUUUAACACGUGAAAUCUUAACACCAAACUUACCAAAUAUAAUUUCUUCAUUAAUUGAAAAUUUAAACAAGGAUUUAUACACUGUUUUACCAAUUUUGAAAAAAUUAUUGUUCAAAAACACAACAACAUUUAAACCAUUUAUCAAUAAAUUUGAAACAAAAUUGAACUCAUUAUUAAUCAAUAAUUUUCAUAAUGUUGAUGAAUCAUUGAAAUCUGAUAUUGUUCAAUCUUAUGCUUAUUUAAAUUUGGUUAAACCAUCACAAAAUUCAAAUCAAGGUGGUCAAAAUGUUCAAUCAUUACCAGAUGAUCAAUGGAGAUUGAAGAUUUUCAAAAUCUUGGAUGAAUUACGUUCAACCGUCUUAAUUUAUGAUAAUUUAGUUGAAUUGAAAAAUGAUAGAGAUAUUCAAGAUUUAUUAAACCAAUUACCAGAAAAUGAAUCCAAUACAAAAGAUUAUAUUUUCCCAUUCUUACAAAUUGAUCUAACUGAGCCAAUCACAGUGAUUCAAAUUUCUCAAAGAAUUGAAGUUUUAAGUCAUUUAAUCAUUGCAUUCUUGACUUCACCAACACCAUUUGCUUUAAGAAUUCCACUAGGUUUAGUUAUUCAAAGUUCAAUCUUAUUAUUAAGUAUUUCACCAAAUUAUAUUCCUUUCCAAAAAGAUGUUGGUAGAAAUGAUGAAUUGAAAAAAAUCAUUACAAAUGAUUUAGCUAAAACUCAAUCACAUGGAUCCAUGAUUUUAUAUGAAAUUACCAAGACUUAUAAGAAAUUGGUAUUACCACAUUUAGAAUCCAUUUUAUCAUCAUUAGAGGUUGUUAUUCCAAUCAAAAAUGAAAAAGGUUCUAAAAGAGUUAAGAUCAAUCAAGAUUCAUGUUUAGCCAUUGAACCUGAAUUACUAUUAAUUUUGAAAACAACCGUUGAAUUAAUGAAACAAUUUCAAGGUAUUAAUGAUUUAGAUUUGAUUAAUAAAUUAAUUGAUGUUUCUAUAUUAUUUUUACAAAAAAGAACUCCAUUAGAUGAUUUAUUAGAAAAACAAGAUCAAAAACAACAACAAUCACAAUCACAAAACAAAUCACAAAAAAAGAAAACUAAGAAUAAAGAUUCAACUCCAUUAUCUGAUGUUUUAUCACAUGCAGAAUUAUUUGAAUUGAAUGCACCAAAAGAGACCGUUAACAUCAUUCAAGGAUUUUUCGAAGUUGUUAUCAAAAGAAUUCCAAAUUUAACACCAAAUUCAAGAAUUAAAAUUGUUAAAUAUGUUAUCUCUACUGCAACAUUAGAAAAAUCAACAAGAGGAUUAAUUUCUGAUAAAUUGACAAGAUUAUUAGAAGCCAUUGUCUUAUAUCCAAGUGAAGGUGAAACUUAUUCAAUCUUACCAAUUGCAAAGAGAUUAUUAUCAAAUAAUGAAGUUUUAAGUUUAUUAACAAAUCCAAGAUUCCCACCAUUAGAAACAAAAUUCAAACAAUCACAAAUUCAAGAACAAGUUGAAGAACAAGAAGAUGAAGAUGAAGAUGAAGAAAUUGUUGAUGCAGAACCACAAAUCAUUGAAGAACCAAAGCAUUUAGAAGUUUCAGAUGUUAUUCAAGAAGCUACAAAGACUAAACAAGUUCCAAUUUCUGAACAAGAGACUAAACAAUCAAUGGUUUUCAAAAAAAAUGAUGAAAUUAAAGAUAAAACAGUCUUAACAUUUGCUUCUGAACAAAGUAAGACCGAAUCAGAAGAAGAAUCAGCAAACAAAACAAGAUCAUUAGAAGAAAAAGAUGAUGAUGAAGAUACUCCAUCCAAAAGAAUGAAGAUUAUAAGUGAAGGUUCUAAAACUGUUCAAAUUCCUGAAAAUAAGAUUGGAGAAGAAGAAGAAAGUGAUAGUGAUUUCGAAAUUCCAAACAUCGAUAUUGGAAGUGAUGAAGAUGAGGAAUAG